AUGUCCUCCCCGCUCAUUUCUACCUUCUUUCGAGGAGCAACCAUUACUUCCUUAUUGACCGUUGUGGUAGUUGCAACAGCUGUUUAUCUUAUUGGAAGUGCAUUCUACAACUUGUACUUGAGCCCCCUGAGCAAGUACCCAGGCCCGAAAUUAUGGGCGAUAUCACAGAUCCCAUUCUCGAUCGCCUGGACCACGGGCCAGAGUCACAAGAAAAUCCUAGACUUGCAUCUGAAAUACGGAGAGAUUAUCCGUGUGUCCCCGAAUCAGCUCAGCUUUGGAUAUCCUGAAGCCUGGGAUGAUGUCAUGGGUCAUCGCAAGCACGGUCAGCAGGAGAAUGGUAAAGAUCCGGACUUCUGGCAUGGUGAAGAUAAGCUCACACUUGUGGGUUCAAAUCGUGAGAGACACGGGCGACUACGCAAGGUACUCUCACAUGGAUUUUCCGCACAAGCCAUGGUCAAUCAGCAGCCUAUCUUCCAGCAAUACGCGUCUCUGCUUGUGGAUAGGCUGCAUAAGGCUUGUUCUAAUGGACAGUCUGUCGAGAUGACAUCUUACUACAAUUGGACGCUCUUUGAUAUGGCUGGCGAUCUGAUCUUCGGCGAACCUUUUGGAUGCCUCAAUGAAGAAAGGUACCACCCUUGGGUCAAGUUAAUCUUUAUGCAUAUCAAGGGUAUUGCAAUCUCAACCGCUGUCAUCAGAUUUCCUUUCAGUGAUCUUCUGAUCAAGAUGAUGACACCCAAGAAGGUGGCAAGAGAUAUACAGACACACCACGAGUUUACAGUUGCUCAGGUUGCUAAACGAAUGGCAUUUCCAAACCCUCGACCUGAUUUCAUGGAAUCGAUGAUCAGGGCGCAUGAAGAGAAUCGUGUAUCCAAGCAAGAGCUGCAUGCAAAUGCUCACAAUCUCAUCGUCGGCGGUUCCGAGACCACAGCUACUACUCUAGCUGGCGUUACAUAUCUCCUGGCGACCAAUCGAGAUAAACUCCAGAGGAUGUACGAAGAGCUUCGGGCUACCUUUCAAAGCGAGGAUGAGAUCAACCUCAUUAGUGUGAACAAACUCACGUACAUGUUCGCUGUCCUCCACGAAGGGCUUCGUGUCUAUCCUGCUGUUCCAACCAACAUUCCUCGCAAGACACCUCCCGAGGGUAUUCAAAUUGGAAAGGAAUUUAUACCUGGAAAUACUAUCAUCGGCGUUUGGAAUUGGCCUAUGUUUCACAACCCUCAUUACUUCAAAGACCCUGAGGAGUUCAUUCCGGAAAGGUGGACAGGAGACCCGCGAUAUGAGAGCGACAAGGGGCAUGCCUGCCAGCCAUUCUCGGUUGGACCACGAAACUGUAUCGGCAAAAACCUCGCGUACGCAGAGAUGCGUCUUGUUAUGGCAAAGCUUGUCUGGAACUUCGACUUUGAGCUGGAUCCCCGAAGCCAGGACUGGAUCGAACAGAACAAGGUUUACCUCCUAUGGGAAAAGCCGCAACUUUUUAUUCGGUUGAGGCCUCGUACACACGACGCUCCCGUGUGA